AUGGUGGCCAGCCCAACAGGGCCAGAAAAGACCAUCAUCUCACAAGACGACGGCUCACGACAUGGCCAGAUGCGACGGCCACGGCCACGGCAUUCGGACCCUACCAAAUACGAAAUCCUCUGCGCUCGGUCACUGCUCCUGUGGCUCAUUGCCAGCGGCGGAACUGGCCUGACCAUCGGCAUCAUCCUAGUCAUCACCUGGGCCGCCCAGCCCAAGGCCAUGAGGUCAACGCAAUCGCACAACUUCAUUUCCAUCAACCCCGCCGAUGCCGCGGGCCCCUCUCCCGAAACCUAUCUCAACGACCACGCAAAAUCCGUCAUCCCCGUGCCCGUCCACUCGCACAACGACUACUGGCGGCCCCGUCCGCUGUACUCGGCUCUGGCCGCCGGUUGCAUGAGCGUCGAGGCAGAUGUGUGGCUGAGCCCGGACGGCAACGACCUCUACGUCGGGCAUCAACCCUCGGCGCUGUCGCCAGACCGGACCCUGCAAACCCUUUACCUCGAUCCCAUCAAGCAAAUCCUCGACGGGCUGAACCCGGGCAACGGUUCGCAUCUCGAUGGCGGCCCCAACGGCAUGUUCCAGACGUCACCCGACACCACCCUGGUCCUUCUCAUCGACGUCAAGGGAAACGCGACGCACAUCUGGCCACUGGUUGACCAGCAGCUCCAGCCCCUUCGCAAGAGCGGCUACCUUUCAACCCUCGAAUACGGCAACAGCACAUCCGACCCGGCAUCGCAGCCCGUCUUCAAGCAGGGUCCCAUCACGAUUGUCGCCUCCGGCAACAUCGGCAAGUCCAACGUCACGGGCGUCGGCUGCGACGCCUUGAAACGGUACGGGGACACCUUCCUCGACGCACCCAUCGACGCCCUCGCCGACGAGUCCAACUACGGCAAGCUUGCCGACUGCCGCGUCGACUCCCUCCUCGGCCGGCCGCUUGCCAAGUUCUACAUGGCGUCGGCACCAUUGAUGCACACCGUUAGGCCAGCCACCAGCGGUGGUCUCUCGAGUGGCCGAAAAGACGACAUCCGAGCUGCCCUGCAAGCCGCGGCAGCGAGGAACCUCACGUCCAGGUACUGGUCUCUGCCGUCGUGGCCCAUUUCGCGCCGCGACCAUAUCUGGCAGUUCCUGGUCGACGAGGGCAUCGGCUUGCUGAACGCCGACGACAUUGAGAGCGCCGCGAGACUCGAGUGGAACCGGGCCUACAAGGCCGAGCUCGUCUGGAUUGGCCUUUCGUCGGCGUACAUUUUCUUCGCCUCGCUGUUGUUUGCCUACUUACUAGCAACUCGGAGGCAGACUUUGGACACUGGCGGCCGUCAAUGGGCCGAGCACGAGCAGCAGCGACGAUUCGAUUCGAUUCGAUUCGUGUCGUGUCGUGUCCGCGUCGGCGACGGGCCCUACCUUGCUCGUGUCAAAAACAGCUUCUUCCCCGCUCGUGCUCGUGGCUGCCUCGGGCUGUUAAGGAGGAAACAUUACAGGGCGCCGCGGCACGCGCCCGGCCUCUGGGCCAACAACUGCAACGGCCAAUACCCCGCGCAGUGCGACAGCGGCCGCGUCUACACCGACAUUGGCAGCAUGCUCGACGGCAGCGGCGCCGGCGACACGCUGGCGCACAUGAGGCAGCACUGGAAGGACCACAAGGGCGACGACGAGAGCCUCCGGAAGCGCGAAUGGGCACGCACGACACCUGCAUCAGCACGCUCGACCCCGAGUGCUUCGACGCCUACACGUGCCGACGCGUACUGUUCCGGGACGAAUAUUGAAAAACAGAAGCGAACGUCUUUCGUUUGGACAGGCCUCUUGGCCGGUAUCGGCUCUUAA